AUGUGUAUUGACUAUCAACUUGUGAAAAAUUUCAUCCAGCUGUCUAGCUACCCGCUACCUCUCAUUGACGACUUUCGGUUUCGAGAAGGCACUCUGGUUCAUGAGCCUGGAUAUGGCCAGCGGUUUCUGGACAAUCAGGAUGACAGCGCCAAGUUGAUUUCGGCCUUCGUAUGUCCGUUUGGACAUUUUCAGUGGAUUAGGAUGCCAUUUGGUCUGAAAAACGCACCCCUGAUUUACCAGCAACUGCCUGUGGGGAUUUACCAGGAAGUUUUGGAUUACCUGAAUCUGGACCCCCAGGAUGAUGGACCUCCAGGAUGUGGUUCUCCAGGAUGCACCGGUUGUGAAGACGACCAAGUCUCUCGGUCGUUGCCGACCCUGGCGGACCAAAUGACAGUGUUCAAAAGAAACAUCCCUGCUCCAACCCAGAUGUCACCUGGCGCAGCUCUUAUAUCGAUGAUAUCGCACAUGGCGCACCAACUUGGGACUGACUUGGACGCUUUGCUCUAUAGACUACGGUAUUGGAAUAUUUCAGUAAGUCUGCCGAAGAGCGAGUUCGGGAAAUUAUCCAUUCCGUACCUGUCGCAUGAAAUUAGCGCUGUAGGGAUCAGGGCAACGCCGAAGAUCGCUAAGGGAUUCCAGGAUUUACCGUUCCCAACUACCCUGAAGAGAGUGCAAUCUUUCUUGGGUAGCCUGAAUUAUUAUCAUAAAUUCAUCGAAGACUAUCCUGUGGUUGCAGCCUCCCUGUAUGAGCUCUCGGAUGACCAAGGCGAGAUCUAUCCAGGGCAAAACGAAAUCCUGAAACACAAGAUCGUGUCGACCCCCGUAUUAAAACAUCCUGACAGGACCAAACCAUUCGUCAUCAUACCCCAUGCAAAUCAAUGGGCUGCUUGCGCGGUCCUGGGUCAAGAACAUGACGGUUUGAUCCAGCCAGUGCGUUUUACAGGGCGGGUUCUUCACGAUGCGGAAUUGAGGUAUCAUAUCGCAGAAAAGGAGGUCAUUGCCGUGCUGAGGGUACUACAGGUGUUCAGAACGCUCAUUCAGGGCUGUCCACUCACCGUGUAUCUGUUCUGA